CUUGGUCUAACUAAAUAUUAACCUGCCCUCGUCACUCCCCUUUAAGAGAACUGAAACUUAACAGACCUCUUGAACAACACUUUAUUUGCUUCUGAGGAAACGAAACCUAUCACACAGUAACUGUCCACCAGAUGAAAAAUGGCUCAGCAAGGAUAUCAGAUGGAUUCUGUGAAAUUCUCCUGUUCGAUCUGCUUGGAUCUCCUGAAAUACCCGGUAACUAUCCCCUGUGGACACAACUACUGCAUGUACUGUAUUGGAUCGUUCUGGGAUAAUGAGGACAAGAAAGGGAUCUACAGCUGCCCUCAGUGUAGACAGACGUUUACACCGAGGCCUGAUUUAGUGAAAAACACCAUGUUAGCAGAGUUGGUGGAGGAUCUGAAAAAGACUGGACUCCAGGCUCCUGCAGCUGAUCACUGCUAUGCUGGACCUGAAGAUGUGGCGUGUGAUAUCUGCGCUGGGAGGAAGAUGAAAGCUGUCAACUCCUGUCUGGUCUGUUUAGUUUCUUACUGCGAGAAUCACCUCCAGCCUCACUAUGAUGUCUCUGCACUGAAGAAGCACAAGCUGGUUGACCCCUCCAAGAAUCUCCAGGAGAACAUCUGCUCUCGUCAUGAUGAGGUGAUGAAGAUCUUCUGUCGUACUGAUCAGCAGUGUAUCUGUUAUCUCUGCACCAUGGAUGAACAUAAAGGCCAUGAAACAGUCCUAGCUGGAGCAGAAAGGACUGAGAAGCAGAAGAAGCUCCAGGAGAGACGACAACAAAUCAAUCAGAGAAUCCAGGACCAGGAGAAAGAUGUGAAGCUGCUUCAACAGGAGGUGGAGGCCAUCAAUGGCUCUGCUGAUAAAGCAGUUAUGUAA